UAUCCAAUGGGGGAAUAGACUACAGACGUCCCCAGAAGAAACAGCAGUCGAGUAACAAAUCAGAUCUAAUUCGGGGAGGUUUGGGUACCAGUUUAAAUAGACUACAACGCUCCGCCCGCACCAUCUAAGGGAGACGUACAAAUAAAGAAAGGACAAUCUGUAGUAGGCUAAUAUAGCCUAUGAUAGCAUUAUAUACCCCAAACCUGUAGUUUGGCUUUAUGCCUAAAGCUCACGCUUGGUACGUGCAUGGAGGAGAAGACGUAAUGUCGAGAGAGUGAAGAUGUUGUGGGUUGUCCAAGAAUGUACGUGCGCGUUUACUAGCAGAGUCACGUUUCUGUUCAGUACGUGGCAGGGGAAGAAAUACGAAAGCUUCUCGAAAUUUUCGGAGAGUUCUAGAGAGUGGUUUUGCCCGUGUUCAACACAGUGCGCGCUGACCCGAGAACUUUUUCAGCGCUCCAUUUCCAGUAUCAAAAUUCUGCAAGAUACAGCUACGGCGAGAUGCAGACGUGUGCAGUCGUCUUGGUGUUCUGCCUGUGCAGUCUGGCGUGGAGAGCAGACGCGGAGAUCUUCACCUCCAUCGGCCAAAUGACAGACUUGAUCUACACGGAGCGGGAGCUGGUCCAGUCGCUCAAGGAGUACAUCAAGGCGGAGGAGUCUAAACUUGCAGCUGUCAAGAGCUGGGCCAAUAAGCUGGACACUCUGACACGAGCAUCCACGUCGGACCCAGAGGGGUUCCUGGCCCACCCCGUCAACGCCUACAAGCUGAUGAAGAGGCUCAACACAGAGUGGUCUGCUCUGGAGAGCCUGGUGCUGCAGGACCCCUCCGACGGCUUCAUCUCCAACAUCUCGGUGCACCGGCAGUACUUCCCCGACGAGGAGGAUGAGAAGGGGGCCGCCAAGGCCCUAAUGCGCCUGCAGGACACAUACAAGCUGGACUCCGAAAGCUUCUCCAAGGGAAAGCUACCCGGGGGGCGCUACAACACUCACCUGACGGUGGACGACUGCUUCGACAUGGGCAAGACGGCCUAUAACGACGCGGACUACUACCACGCGGUGCUGUGGAUGCAGCAGGCCCUGCGGCAGGUGGACGCCGGCGAGGAGGCCGUGUCCCCCAAGAGCGACAUCCUGGACUACCUCAGCUACUCCGUCUACCAGAUGGGGGACCUACCCCGCGCCAUCGAGCUCACGCGCCGCCUGGUCGCCCUGGACCCCAGCCACCAGAGGGCAGGCAGCAACCUGCGCUACUUUGAGAAGCUGCUGAUCGAAGAGAGGCAGCAGGCAGAGAAGGAUGGCGAGCAGCAGCAGCAGCUGGCCAGCGAGGAGCCCAUCCAGCUGGGCACCUACCAGCGGCCCCGAGACUACCUGCCCGAGAGGGAGAUCUACGAGGGCCUGUGCCGCGGCGAGGGUGUCAAGAUGACGGAGAGGAGGCGUAGUCGUCUGUUCUGCCGCUACCAGGACGGCAACAGGAACCCCCGGCUGCUCUUCAAGCCCGCGCUGGAGGAGGACGAGUGGGACAGCCCCCACAUCGUACGCUACCUGGACGCCCUCACAGACCAGCAGAUCGACAAGAUCAAGGAGAUAGCCAAACCCAGGUUGGCAAGGGCAACAGUGAGAGACCCAAAAACCGGUGUUUUGACAACAGCCAGCUACAGAGUAUCAAAAAGUGCUUGGUUGGAAGGAGAAGAGGACCCUGUUAUCGAGCAAGUCAACCAGAGAAUAGAGGACAUCACAGGCCUUACGGUGACCACAGCAGAACUGCUUCAGGUGGCCAACUAUGGUGUCGGAGGUCAGUACGAGCCCCAUUUUGACUUCUCAAGGAAAGAUGAGCCUGAUGCAUUCAAAUCAUUAGGCACUGGAAAUCGUGUGGCUACAUUUUUAAAUUAUAUGAGCGAUGUGGACGCGGGAGGAGCGACUGUCUUCCCUGACUUUGGGGCCGUCAUCUGGCCCAGAAAGGGCACGGCAGUGUUUUGGUACAACCUGUUCCGCAGUGGCGAGGGCGACUACAGGACCAGACAUGCAGCAUGUCCUGUGUUAGUGGGCAGCAAAUGGGUGUCCAACAAGUGGAUCCACGAGAGAGGCCAAGAGUUCAGAAGACAGUGUGGCCUAUCAAGUCGCGACUGAAGACAGAUGUUUUACACACACACACACACACACACACACACACACACACACACACACACACACACACACACACACACACACACACACACACACACACACACACACACACACACACACACACACACUCCUGCCCAGUGCCCACACAUGCAUAUGCACAAACACACACGCUGAGUAGUAUACACACAAAAACUGAGUAUAAACGCAUGCACGCACGCACCCACCCACAAACACACACCGAGUCCUUAAAUAUCUGAGCUGUUACAGUAAACCACAUAUUGCACCACUCCAGGUGCUGCCUCCCCUGCCGUAUGUCUGAUCCAGUAUCCACGUUUGAGGAGGCAGUGCCCAUGUCUUACCCUCUCGACAGUAGUGUACACACCCAAAGCAACCACAGUGGCAACAAAAAGACAUUUAUUCUCUAUUUUAUGACUAAUACAAGACAGCAGUUUCAUCAGUAGCAGCUUCUUGGAUGACUAACUGGUAGGGCUGUAACGAUACACUCAACUCACGAUUCGGUUUGUUGUCUAUCACGAUUUUUGAGUUACGGUUCGAUACACCCCGCGAUUUUUUAAAUGUAUCUUUUUGAUGAUCGUUUAUAUGUAGAAUCGGUUACAAGAGGUUACUAAUGAUGUUUUAAAAAAGUUUAAAAAUAAUGAGGCUGUUGAUUUGAAGCUUGGAAGCACCAUCACACCAUAUCAGGUGGUUGUUUUCUGGGCUGAAGGAUAACAGAACUUUGAAAGGGCGUAUCACGAUACCGCCUUCUUGCAUCAUGAUAAGAGUAUCGUGACUCUGCAUAUUGCGAUUUCUCCAUUCGAUACAAUAUCGUUACAGCCCUACUAAAUAGAAAAUGACAAUGAGGUAUGUUGCAGUUCAAUGAAGACUAAUCAGACUGUAUGGAUUUACCAACAUCCCAUGUUGAUGAAGUACCUAUUUAAAAUGUCUGGUCAUGAGUAAGCAGAGAUAAUAGAAAAGGGAAGCUCAUUAAUAAGUUUGGCUACUUCUUGGUUUUGGUGGCUUUUGGUGAGUGUCUGUGUGUAUACUGUACAUUGGCUACGUUUACGUGAGGUUUUUAAUUCCGAAUUAAAUAAUUCCGUCGAGUUUACCUGGAUCUGUCAUUUAAUUGUUUGCAUGAUGUUAUCAUAGUGGAAUUAAGCUUUAUUCAGAAUUAAAGUGAGUUCAUUCUGAAUUAAAUGUCUCAUUUAAACAUAGUCAAUGAGUUACUUGUUGACCUUGAUAGUAGAGGAGACCAGACCUGCCAACAGGGUGGGAGAAACGGGCCCCAGGCCCAGAACUGGGUCCUUGUUAAAUUGUAUACGUAUAACCGGCAAUUCCGGGUACUUCGUUUGUGAAAGAAUGGUCCCGCCCCUUGUGGGGGACAACAAACCGAAUGUCUUAUUAACUUACAUGCAAGAUCGGCUAGCCUAAAUAAACACAGUUCAUGCUUCAGCCACGGCCGUUUGGCUACAUUAUUUGAACAGCUGACAACACAACAUGUCUUUGGCAUGUUGAACGUGAACAACGCUAGUCUGCUGGUCCUUGUCUUUCGCUUCUUUUUUCCCAACACCAACAGGGCCUUGCCUUGGCUUGUCCCCCAAUGUUAUCCCCCAAAAAGGGGCGUAGUGUACAUCAGGCUUGUACGAAAUUCCGAAUUGGAUGAAUUUGAAUUCAAAGUAAUGCCAUAAUAUGAACACUAGGUGGUGGUGUUCUAUGUACUCUCAAUGGGUGGUGUAGCUUAAAUUCAAAGAAAUUCAAGGUAAUGACACGAUCUAGUGUUCGUAUUAUGGCAUUACUUUGAAUUCAAAUUCAUUCAAUUCGGAAUUUCGUACAAGCCUGGUGCACAUGGUACUCGUCACGACGGUUAUACGUACGGACACACAAGUGGUGCAUUCCAAUAUGCGACCUUGCAUCCUCCACUUGGGCUUGUGGCCUCACGUUUGCCCCGCCUCCAUGGAGAAAUUAAUUAAGUGUCCCCACUGUCAGCCUAGCCAAAACAAUUUUUGGGGGACUAUUCUUCAUUUACCAUCCUGUUUGAAAAUGAGAAAAUGACUUUACAAUUGAGCUUUUGCGAGAUAUUGAAAUAUAAAGCUGUAGUCAGGGAUGUCAUCGCAACGUAUUACUUCCUGGUACGAGGCCACAAGCACAAGUGGAGGACGCAAGGUCACAUAUUGGAACAUGCCCAAGAUGGCGGGGUGUGACUCUUCUCUACUUUAAAAGUAGCCUGAAUAAUGUACUGCCACUCUGCUGCUUCUGUGAAAACAGCUUCUCUGACUGGAAACUCCUCAUGCAUGUACGAUGGUGACAUUCCUAAAUGCAUUUGGCAACGAGGGCCUUUUUUAUUAUGAAUAAUCAUUUUGAUUUGUUUUUGUUUUUGUUCUUUUCUAUUUGUUUUUAUUAUCCCCUGAAAUUUUGAGUAUUUGAAAAUGUGAGUCUUGUAAGAAAAUUAUACUUACAUGUUCAACUCUUUACAUUUGUUGAGCAAAAACUCCUCCCAUUUCAAGCGUUUUUUAUUUAUAAGUGCAUAAAUUAUUCCGCUGUUGGUUUGUGCUUGUGGAGACAUGUACCAGUUGCACACAAUAAACAGUGCUUGCUUCUUUUCAAA